AUGGCCGCCAUGGCCGCUCCGCCGCCCGGCGAGCCCCCGGUGCCCCCGGGCCGGCGCCGCCUGUCGCUGCCCGCCGUGGAGCCGCUGCUGUUCCUGGCCACCCUGUCGCUGGGGCUGCAGGGCCCGCUGGCCACCCAGUACCUGUGGGACCGGCUGGGGGCCGAGUACGGCUACAGCAACAGCAACAGCACCGACUCCUCCUCCGGCUGCGGGGACGGCAACGCUACCGCCGACCCCCUGCAGCAGGAGGUGGAAGCUCUGGUGUCCCACUGGAACCUUUACAUCAACCUGGGAGGUUUCUUCGUCAGCCUCUUCUCCGUGACCCUCCUCGGCGCGUGGAGUGACAGCGUGGGCCGGCGCCCGGCGCUCAUCCUGCCCGCAGCAGGCAUGGCCCUGCAGACAGCCAUCUACCUGCUGGUCAUGUACCUGGAGCUGCACGUCGCCUUCUUCCUCCUGGGACGCAUCCUGAGCGGCCUCACGGGCGACUACAACCUGAUCCUGGCCGGCUGCUUCUCCUACGUGGCCGACACCAGCGAGCGGCGCGCGCGGACGUUCCGCGUGGCCAUCCUCGAGGCCUGCCUGGGCACCGCGGGCAUGGUGGCCAGCAUUGGCGGCGGCCAGUGGCGCAAGGCCCAGGGCUACAUCAACCCCUUCUGGCUGGCCUUUGCUGCCAGCCUUGCUGCCACCCUCUACGCCGCAUUCUUCCUGCGGGAGUCGGUGAAGCAGAAGAGGGAGGCCAAGCUGUUCACGCUCAGCCACUACAAGGCUGUGUUCAGGCUGUACACGGCCCCCGAGCAGCCGAGCUGCAGGUGGAAGCUGGCUCUGUACUCCCUGGCUUUCUUUCUGAUUGUCACGGUGCAUUUUGGAGCCAAGGACAUCUAUGUGUUGUACGAGCUGGGCUUCCCUCUGUGCUGGGCUUCUGAUCUCAUCGGGUACGGCUCGGCCGCCAGCUACCUGGCGUACCUGAGCAGCCUGGCGGGGCUGAGGCUGCUGCAGCUCUGCCUUGAGGACACCUGGGUGGCAGAGAUAGGCUUGCUUUCCAACAUUGCUGGGCUGGUAGUGAUGUCUCUUGCUACCACAACGCCACUGAUGUUUACAGGUUACGGAAUUCUGUUCCUUUCCAUGGCAGCCACUCCAGUCAUCAGAUCUAAGCUCUCCAAGCUGGUCAGUGAGACAGAACAAGGUGCUCUCUUUGCUUCUGUUGCCUGCGUGGAAGGGAUGUGUUCACUUGUGUCUACAGGAGUGUUCAACUCUCUCUACCCUGCCACCUUGCACUUCAUGAGGGGAUUCCCGUUUCUCUUUGGGGCUAUAAUCCUCCUUAUUCCAGCAGCUAUCCUUGGGUGGAUACAAAUCUGGGAUUCAAAACACGACUACAACCACUUCCAAGAGGCUUCCCUGACCCCCACAAAAGACUGAAUUCAAUGCCAAGGAAUUGGCCAGCACUGCAGUGGCCACCUGAACACUGCACUUCAUUCUUCCCUCAAACGACUGAUCAGUGUGGGCGGGACACUCUGCUUGUCCUUAUUGACUUUUAAAUGCCAAAUAAUUGGAAAUCACAGGAGGAACUUGAUUUGGAGCUGUGAAUGGCUCCUCAGUGUUGUGUUUGCUCAUCUGUCAGAGAAAACCCAAGAGACCCCAGAGCCAAUCAAGCUGUUGAGGGCCUUUUGCAAAGCUGCUUUGUGGUUUGGGGUUGGUGGGGCCAGAAGGCUCUGCCCUGCUUUUAGUGGGGAGAGAGGACUGAGUUCUGCUGUAAUUGCUGAGCAUUUUCCCCUCAGGGUAUUCCAGUGUGCAGGGAUGAGCUGUUGGUGUGGGUGAGGCACAGGCUGAACCAGAAGCACCCAGCAGUGUCCUGUGCCCCAAUUCAUCACAUUGCCAGUAAAAACCCAACAAAUGUGACAUGCCAGACCACAAAACUCCUUAUGGAGAGGGGUGGUUUAGCACAGGAGUGCUAUUGCUGUCCUUACUGACUGAACCAGCUUUAGUUGUGCAAGUCAGAGGUGUCCUAAGAAGAGGAUCUAAUUCAUGAAGUGUUGGUGGGAGUGCCAGUGGUAUGUCCUGCCUUGUCUGCAGCUCAGCCCAGGA